UGAUCGGCGUACUCGGCCGUGUCCAGGAGUCACACUUGCUCUCUUCAACCACCACUAUUGAGAAUGAAGUCCUACGAUUUCUGCGUCCAUGCCGUCUCGUUGGAGGGAAAAUCACAGUCUCUUGAUUCUUUCAGGCCAUCUGCCAUCGGCUAGGACCUGUCCAGGGCAGGGACAAUCAAUACCUGCACUUGAAUGGACUGAAAAACCUCCACUUUUUCUUCUCCUCGUCCCCUGCCUAUCAUGGCUAUGCUCUUAGCGCCUUACAACGACGCGAUGCGCCUUGGAAUGGGGUUCAACUCGUUCACCCAGCAGCUCUGCAUCAACGAUGCGGUUAGACUGGAGGGUGGUGGGCGCACACCCGCGACCGAGCGGAAUCUGCGUCCCCAAUACAAGUUUGGGCAGAUGACCGGAGUCGACGGAGGGAAUGUGGAUAUCAGCCAAGACGUUACUUGGACUGCCAAAUUUGUGGAUAGGAUUAGCGAGAUCACGGACAGUUUGAACGUCAGCGGCUCCCUUCAGAUCAAGUGUGAUGCAGUCGGAGGUGGUGGAAAGGCAUCAGCCUCGUUCAUCGACACGAACAAAUUCAAAGAGAGCGACAUCAAUUACUUUAUUCAAGUUCGAGUGACAAACCAACGGCUUACCGCGCCCGACCUUACCGACUUUGACCCUAUACAAUACCUUCCUGCGUCCGAGUUCAACCGAGUGUAUGGAGACUCCUUCAUCUCGGGCUUCACUGAAGGCGGCGAGUUCAAUGCGCUCAUUUCCAUCAAGCUCAAAGAUCGCUCUAAAGCGAAGGAGAUCAAAGGUGACCUUGAGGUUAACAUGAACUUUACGGCCGUCUCGGUGUCCGGGAAAGGUGCCCUGGCCAAGACGGACGCGAGCAAGGAGAUGCAGGGCGAAACCACGAUCGCUGUGUCCUGGAAAGGUGGAGGAGAUAUCAAGGAUGCCACAGUGAUGGACUGGACGCUAGAAUCACUGAAGAGCGUGGCGAUGGAGUUUCCAGAACACGUCAUGGCCUGUCCGAUGAGAACAAACGCCAUCCUCACCAAGUACACAAGCCUGAAGAGCUUCUAUCAGAAGAGCAUCAAAGGCUCGCCGUUGGACUAUGAGAAUGCUGGUGUCUACUCUUCUGCUCUGCUCGAUGCUUACAUGGACUACAAAGUCAUGUGGCGGAAUAUACAACAAGCUGCGUGGGAGGUUGAGCAAGGCCAAUCUACAUUGGUUGCCAAGGAGCACGUCGAAGAGUUCAAUGAGCUCAAAGGCGAGGCCAAGGCCAACUUCGACGCUCAAAUGGUUGUCUACAAGAAGAAAGUAGCCGAGUUUGAGCUGAAACGGGGCUCAAACCUGCUCACCGGGAACCCAGCAUGCGUUUCUCCUCCCCCGAUUGUUCCACCUGCUGUGCCUGUCGCUACCCCACCAGCUGUCGACAGCACGGGCGCUGUCGCUGUAUCUUCGGUCAGUCAACCAGUGCCCCCAGCAGCCCAGCCUUUGUCGCCUCCAGUGGUUCAGCCAACGGCUCCAGUUGCUCAGCCAGCGGCUCCAGUUGUUCCGUAUUCGCCCCCGGCCCUGGCAGAACUGGAGGCUGCGGAGCCUCUGCCACCCAACGACCUCACUCCAUACAGGGGCAGCCUGUUCGGCUUGGACAAGGCUCGGAGAGACUGCCGCUUCGAGAUGAUCAAGAUCGUGCGAGAAGUAGAUGCCGUCGCUGACGAUCCAAAAGUCGCUUGUGACCCAAUGCGAUCUUGGCAGUAUCUCAGUCCAGCGGUGUUCAGGAUGUUGCUUCCGACUGUUCGGAACUUUGACCGAGAGCGAGCUGCGGAACAGGCCUCUGAAGCUGCAAAGAAGGCGAAAGCCGAGAAAGAGGCUCAUCAGCUGGCCAUGGCCACCAACUUGACGGCAUCCAAGGACAAAGUCACUUUGCUUGAGGGUCAGAGCAAAGAGCUACAGAGCACCAAGGAAGAACUCGAAAAACAGCUCGAAGAGCUACAAAAAGCGCACGAAACUCUGAAGAAGACCUAUGAUGCCUUGAAGCAGGGACUCAACCCUUGGGAUGGCUGGGCCCCAGUGACAGUCCGAACAUACGUCAGGAUACGCAGUAUGUGGACCAAGAAGUGUUUGGACUACUUUUAUUCGGACGGCAAUGGGUCCUUGGAGCUCUUCCAGCACGAAGCCAAUACGGGACAUAACCAGCGGUUCCAAAUAAAUGCCGUCGGACCUCGUGCCUUCUCGAUAAAACACGUCACUUCUGGGCAUUUUGUGACGACGGGAAAGAAGGUGUCCUAUGGGGUCUAUUUCACCAUGGGCGAAUGUCCGUCGUUCUUCACCUUCGAGGCCAUGAAUGACAAGGACGGCAAGUGGACUGGAGCAUGCAUGGUGCAUAUCGCCGAGAUGCCGGACCAUACAUUCAAUGUAGAGGGUGGCGCGUCCCACGACGGUGCAAAGAUCAUCGGCUGGAACGGCAGUCCCAAGUCGGACAAUGACAAGUGGUACAUCAAAGACUUUGAUGACCUGAGCAUUUGAGCGCUGGGCUCGCGCUACUAUAAAUUGUAAUUCUCUGGUUCAGGGUCAGUAGAGUACAUACUUAAUUCCUUUGGUUGAUCGAAAUUGGAAUUCUGAACGACGGGAGUGCAUCAGGUGGCUGUGUCGUGUCGUGUACUGUACUGGACUCGACACGUCCUCAUCUUUCCCCUCAUUUCAUUUCCUCCUUCAUGGAUUUCCUUCAUUCACAGCUAUCCAAGGUUGAGCACCAGCUCCUAUUCGUCAAAACGGACCCCAUUGACUGGAAGCUCUACGUCCAAACGAUUUCGUGGGCUGUGACGUUAUUCGAAUCGUAUCUCCUAAUCCGCCAAUACCCGCUGUACUCUAAGACAGAACCCCCGGCCGCACUCGCGAAACAUAUCAGCGCCUCCGAUUUCGAAAAGUCGCAGAAGUAUGGCAAGGACAAAGCCAAAUUCGCUCUCGUCUCGGGACUGUAUAAGCAGGUCCUCGACUCGUUGAUGAUACAGCUUGGAUUCUAUGCAUGGUGCUGGAGCUCCGCGGGCUCGUUAAUGUCGCGGUUCGGGUACGGUUCUGAAUAUGAGAUCACUCAGUCCAUUGGCUUCGUGUUUCUCCUGCUGCUUGUAUCGUCGCUCCCUACUAUUCCCUUGUCGGUCUACAGCACCUUCGUUUUGGAGGAAAAGUACGGCUUCAACAAGACUACCCCCGCUCUCUUUGUCACGGACUUGCUCAAGGGAUGGGCCAUCGGCGGAGUGCUGGCUGCGCCGUUCCUCUGGGCGUUCUUGCGCAUCUUCAACUGGGCUGGAGACCGGUUCGUGCCAUGGCUCAUGGCAUUCAUGCUCUCCUUCCAGAUGGUGAUGGUCAUCGUCUACCCGAUGGUGAUCCAACCGCUGUUCAACAAACUGUCCCCCCUCGCAGAUGGGGAGUUGCGCACUCGCAUCGAAGGUUUGGCCAGCAAACUCAAGUUCCCUCUCACCCACUUGUAUGAGAUCGACGGUUCGAAGCGUAGCUCGCACAGUAACGCGUAUUUCUUCGGUCUGCCCUGGAGCAAACACAUCGUCAUCUUCGACACGCUCAUCCAACAAAGUCAGCCUGAGGAAGUGGAGGCCGUGCUUGCACACGAGCUGGGCCACUGGUACUACGUCCACCCUACCAAGAUGCUCGCCAUCUCGCAGCUGCACAUUUUCACCAUCUUCGCGCUGUUCCCGGCGUUCCUGCACGCUCCGCCUCUUCUGACAUCGUUCGACUUUCCCAAAGGCGUGGCUGCGCAGCCGCCGACCAUCGUCGCGUUCCUGCUUUUCCAGAUGAUCCUGACUCCCCUAGAGGCGUUCGUGUCGAUGGGCAUGCACGCAGUGAGCCGCCACUUCGAGUACGAAGCCGACCGUUUCGCGUGCGAGCUCAAGCACAAACUCGACGACGAGAAGAUGGGCGACAUGGGCGACCGUCUCGGCCGCGCUCUCAUUGCCAUCCACAUCAAAAACCUGUCGACGGUCUGGGUAGAUUGGCUUUACUCGGCAUACCACCACUCACACCCGACGCUCACUGAGCGCCUGCGGGCUCUGGAAUCAUUCCAGAGCGGCCCCGAGAAGAAGAAAAACUAAUGGCCGAGUCCAAGUGUAGCUACAACCAGUUUGUACUGUACAUGGAGUCUUGGAGAAAAGCAUUCUCGCUAUCUCA